AUGAGCACGGCCUUUCAUGCACUUUCGCUCAUGACGCUACUUCUGCGGCGGUGGCUAAUUUACUAUACGCUGCUGCCCUCUCUUAUUCGUCUGGUGGCAUUCCAGUCCAUAUGCUGGUCUCUGGUGCGGGUGAUCUUGCAUCUCUUCGGCCCUAUGCAGCCACUCACACCCUGGGUACUUAUCUCCACAUUCACUUCGUUUUUCGAAAUCUUUGCGCGCUGGCUCACGAGCAGCAUCAACAACAAAGAAGACUCGAUACAAGGCGGGGGAAGGCCCCAAUAUGAUCUCAUCGAGACUGGCGUAUCUGACAUUGAUGGUGUUCUGUCUCCGGACCAGGACGGCUUCGAGUCGACGCCUCAACCAUGGCUCUGGCAGCUCAGUCGGCAGGAUCGAUUCCGGAUGUACCGUGAACACAGCGUGCGCCUGGUGCGUGCCUUUAUGGGUGGUCCUGAGGAUAUGCAAACGUCGGAUUCCGAGUGCGAUUCGUCUGACAAGACGCAUAUGUCAUCGUCCGACCGGCUACCGGAGGCCGACUCCAUCUUCUCGCUUAUGGAAAUGGAGCGGUGGCGCCGGCGCGUCCAUGAGCGUCGCCAAUGGAAACAUCGCUUCCGAGUGCGGCGACGCCGCAAGGCAAAGCGGUCUCGCAUAUCGGCAUUUUUCCAAAACUAUCACGCAGCACACAUUCGUUCCCGUCGAGUGUUCCACUGGGAGGUGGCCAUGUGGCGGAACGUUAUGCCGAUUGGAGUUCUAGGCUAUGUCUCUCUCUGGAUCCUUUUGCUCGAGUUCACUCUGACGCGCUACGUGCAACAUACAUAG